AUGGCUGGCUGCGGCUUGGAGGAGGCGGCAAACACUUAUUAUGAUCUUAUAACAAGAUUUGUUGAACUUUUGUGGGGUCAAUCAUUCCAUUUCGCCCCAAGAUGGCAUGGUGAAACACUUGGCGAAAGCAUCAAGCGGUUUGAGCAUUUUAUUGCCCUUCAAUUGGGGCUCAAAAAGGGGAUGAAGGUCUUGGAUGUAGGAUGUGGAAUUGGGGGGCCCUUAAGGGAAAUAGCCAGAUUCAGCUCAACAGAUAUAACUGGACUGAACAACAACGCUUACCAGAUAUCAAGGGGCAAGGAGCUCAAUUUUUCGGCCGGUUUGAGUGAGCAGUGCAACUUCGUAAAGGGAGACUUCAUGAACAUACCAUUUCCUGACAACACCUUUGAUGCAGCCUACGCAAUAGAGGCCACAAUUUAUGCUCCUGAUGUACUAGGUGCCUACAGGGAGAUAUACCGGGUGCUGAAACCUGGUCAAUAUUUCGCACUAGAUGAACUGUGCUUGACUGAUAAAUUUGAUCCAAACAACGCUAAGCAUAGGGACCUCAAGGCCAAAAUUGAGCUCGGCUGUGCCUUGCCUGACGUCCGUACCACUCGUCAGUGCAUCCAGGUUAUGAAAGAAGCUGGAUUCGAGAUUGUCUUGAAGAGGGAUCUUGCUGAGGACUCUCCAUGCCCAUGGUACUGGGACAUAGAUGCCCACCUUUUCUCAUGGAGCAGCUUCAGUUACUCUGGUGUCGCAAAGUUCCUCAUCAUGCGUGCAAUUGCUGGUACACUGGAGUUCCUCCGGAUUGCUCCGAAAGGCAACAGUAAGCUUGUUAGCAUGAUGCAUACUGCAUCCAAUGACCUCAUCAUAAGCUGGCGGGAACAGAUCUUUACAGUGACCUUCUUUGUCCUUGGCCGGAAACCUCUCAAGGAAAGUGAUGUUUAA